AAGGAUUCUAACCUGGAACCAGAAAUGGUCGUCUUUGCCGAAUGAACUCUUUCGGGAACCCUUUUUUUCCUGAAGAGUGUACUGAAUACGAGCUUUAUCCUGGGAAACGAGUGCUAUUAUUUAUGUGGCCUAUUUUGUUAACAUGGAUUAUUAUAAUGAGGUUAUAGAUCCAUUUUCAAUCAUCGGGAGAUUAUUGUGAUGGCUAAACUACAACUUCAGGUUAGUCAAUUAUAGCUACUGAUUGUGGCGGUCAAGCAGCCGAGGUGAGAUACUGCGCAGCAUCACUGCGGUGAAGCGAACCAGAGAAGAGGUGGUAGCGCUCAACCUCAGGAUCCCUUUGCUUUUCGUCUGUCUGCCUAUUUAUCUGCGCAACAAAACUCGCAUCUCCGGGUAAACUGAUUGACAGACAGCGUGCGAGGAGGAGUCGCCAACAUCAUCAGCAUCAUCAUCAUUAUCAUCACAGCGGCCUCUGCAGCGAAGGCGGAGGAGAGGAGACGAGAGAAAGAAGAUAAGUUUUCUGCCCUUUGUUUUGGUUUUGACCGCGGGGGAAAGCAGUAAAACUCGGAGAUGCACCUGCUAUUGUCCCUCGCGGUGCUGUGCCUCGGUGCGGCUGUGCCUCGACAGGUGAACGGGGAUGAAUGUGAACCUGUGUCAUGUGAGGGUGAUGCAGACUGUUUCACGCCACAGUCAGAGGAGGCGCUACUCUUAUCCACGACAGACUGGGAGGAGCUGAUUACAGCAGGUCCGUGCCAGCCCAACCCAUGCCACCAUGGGGGUGUGUGUGAGACCACUAAUGCCCAACGAGGUGAUGCCUUCCUGGGGUACCACUGUCACUGCUCCCCUGGCUACUCUGGAGCCCACUGCCAACACAAUGUGAAUGAGUGUGAGAGUGGGCCGUGCAGGAACGGAGGAGUGUGUACAGACCGGGAAGCCAACUACACGUGUGUGUGUCCUGGAGAAUACACGGGCAGGACCUGCCAGCACAAGUGUUCAGGUCCUCUGGGCAUGGAGGGUGGUAUCAUCACCAAGGGGCAGCUGUCCUCCUCCUCUGUUCAGCGGGGCAUUUUUGGUUUGCAGCACUGGAGCCCUGACCUGGCCCGGCUCCACCGCAGGGGAAUGGUUAAUGCCUGGAGCCCUGCACUCAGCGACCGCUGGCCCUGGAUACAGGUGAACCUGCGGCAGAAGAUGCGUGUGACGGGGCUGAUUACCCAGGGUGCUCGGCGGCUGGGCAGCUCAGAGUAUGUGAAGUCCUAUAAGAUCGCCCACAGCGACGACGCUAGGACCUGGAGCAUGGUGAAAACCAGAGGAGACACACAGGACAUGAUAUUCCACGGUAACUCAGACAGCAGUUCUCUCAUGGCCAACACCUUCUCUUCACCAAUUGAAGCACAGUACAUACGGGUUUACCCUCAGGUCUGCUGGGGCCAUUGUGUGCUGCGCAUGGAGCUGAUGGGCUGCGAGCUCACAGGCUGUUCAGAGCCUCUGGGUCUAAAGGGGGGUCAGGUGCAGGACUCCCAGCUGACCUCGUCCUCUGUGUACCGGACCCUGGGCAUGGGUCUGCUAGCCUGGACCCCGAACAGAGCCAGACUGGACAACCAGGCCAAGGUCAACGCAUGGACCGCAGCCACCAAUGACCAAAACCAGUGGAUACAGGUAGACCUGUUGGUUCCUACUAAGGUAACAGGUGUAGUGACUCAGGGAGCUAAGGACUUUGGCCGUGUCCAGUUUGUGCGCUCCUACAAACUGGCCUACAGCAACGAUGGACUGAGGUGGACGACAUACCAGGACGAAACACAACACAAGGACAAGGUGUUCCAGGGGAACGUUGAAAAUGACACCCACAGGAAGAACUCCGUCCAGCCGCCCAUAUAUGGUCGUUUCCUCCGCCUCAUUCCCUGGUCCUGGUACGGACGCAUCACACUGAGGAUGGAGCUACUGGGCUGCACAGAGGACGACUGACCAUCUCUCUCCCUCUCUCUCAUCCCUCCGUCUCUCUCUCUCUCUUCUGUCUCUUUCUCUCUCACCUAGCUCUCUCUUCUCCCUCCGCCUCUUUCUCUCUCACCUAGCUCUCUCUUCUC